GGGUCCGGAGCGGAAGUGAGCGCACGCCGGCUCCCGCGGCACGGACCGGAGCGGGCGGCCGUCGGCGGCAGGUGGCGCGGCCGGGCUGCCUCUGGUAAAGGCAAAAUGGCUUUCAGUAAAGGAUACCGCGUCUAUCACAAGCUGGAUCCACUUCCAUUCAGUGUGAUAGUGGAAGCCAGAAACAGAGAAGAAUGUCUCAUGUUUGAAUCCGGAGCUGUGGCUGUCCUCUCUUCUGCAGAAAAAGACACAAUCAAGAAUACCUACUCCAAAGUAAUGGAUGCAUAUGGGCUUUUGGGUGUAUUAAGAUUAAACCUUGGAGACACAUUGUUACAUUAUCUGGUUCUAGUAACAGGAUGCAUGUCGGUGGGAAAGAUUCAAGACUCUGAAGUUUUUCGAGUUACUUCCACUGAGUUUGUAUCGUUACGGAUUGAUUCAACAGAUGAGGAUCGUAUUUCAGAAGUGCGCAAAGUUUUGAACUCAGGCAACUUUUAUUUUGCAUGGUCUGCAACUGGGGUCAGUUUAGAUCUUAGUCUCAAUGCUCACCGCAGCAUGCAGGAGCACACCACUGACAAUAGGUUCUUCUGGAACCAGUCACUGCAUUUACAUCUGAAGCACUAUGGUGUGAACUGCGAUGACUGGUUGUUACGUCUCAUGUGUGGAGGAGUGGAGAUAAGGACAAUUUAUGCGGCUCACAAGCAGGCAAAGGCUUGUCUCAUUUCACGGCUGAGCUGUGAGCGGGCUGGCACCAGAUUUAAUGUUCGGGGAACAAAUGAUGAUGGUCACGUUGCUAAUUUUGUUGAAACAGAGCAGGUGAUAUUUUUAGAUGACUCUGUGUCAUCUUUCAUACAAAUUCGAGGAUCUGUUCCAUUAUUUUGGGAACAGCCAGGUCUGCAGGUGGGAUCCCAUCGUGUCAGAAUGUCAAGAGGUUUUGAGGCGAAUGCACCAGCUUUUGACAGGCAUUUCCAAACUCUUAAAAAUUUAUAUGGCAAGCAAAUUAUUGUAAAUUUACUUGGGGCAAAAGAAGGGGAGCACAUGCUCAGCAAAGCUUUUCAGAGCCAUUUGAAAGCAUCUGAACAUUCAGCUGAUAUCAAAAUGGUGAACUUCGACUAUCAUCAGAUGGUUAAAGGUGGAAAGGCAGAAAAACUACACAGUGUGCUUAAACCUCAAGUCCAGAAAUUCUUAGAGUGUGGAUUUUUUUAUUUUGAUGGAAAGGAAGUUAAAAGAUCUCAAAGCGGUACUGUCAGAACAAACUGCUUGGACUGUCUGGAUAGAACAAACAGCGUACAAGCUUUCUUUGGCUUGGAGAUGCUAACAAAACAACUGGAGGUGUUAGGAUUAGCUGAGAAGCCUCAGCUGGUUACUCGCUUUCAGGAAGUUUUCCGAUCCAUGUGGUCUGUGAAUGGUGAUUCUGUCAGUAAAAUUUAUGCUGGAACUGGAGCCCUUGAAGGGAAAGCUAAGGCUGGAAAGCUGAAGGAUGGUGCUCGUUCUGUGACCAGAACGAUUCAAAAUAACUUUUUUGAUAGCUCCAAGCAGGAGGCCAUUGAUGUUUUGUUAUUGGGAAAUACCCUAAAUAGUGAUUUAGCAGAUAAAGCACGGGCUCUCUUAACCACCAGCAGUUUACGCGUUUCAGAGCAAUCAUUACAAUCAGCAUCUGUAAAAGUGCUAAAGAGUAUGUGUGAAAACUUUUAUAAGUAUGCAAAACCGAAAAGAAUUAGAGUCUGUGUCGGGACGUGGAAUGUCAACGGAGGGAAGCAGUUUCGAAGUAUUGCCUUUAGAAAUCAGACCCUCACUGACUGGCUUCUAGAUGCACCAAAGUUAGCUGGAAUUCAUGAAUUCCAAGAUCGCAAAAGCAAGCCUGUAGACAUAUUUGCCAUUGGAUUUGAAGAAAUGGUGGAAUUAAAUGCAGGAAACAUUGUGAAUGCCAGCACAACCAAUCAGAAGCUCUGGGCUGCUGAACUGCAGAAGACGAUAUCAAGAGAUUACAAGUAUGUGCUGCUGGCUUCUGAGCAGUUGGUGGGCGUCUGCCUUUUUGUGUUCAUCAGGCCCCAGCAUGCGCCUUUUAUCAGGGAUGUUGCUGUUGAUACUGUAAAGACUGGCAUGGGAGGAGCCACUGGUAAUAAAGGUGCAGUAGCAAUUCGGAUGUUAUUUCAUACAUCCAGUCUUUGCUUUGUCUGCAGUCAUUUUGCUGCAGGGCAAUCGCAAGUUAAAGAGAGAAAUGAAGACUUCAUAGAAAUAGCUCGCAAGCUCAGUUUUCCAAUGGGAAGGAUGCUCUUUUCCCAUGAUUAUAUCUUUUGGUGUGGUGACUUCAAUUAUCGAAUUGAUAUUCCAAAUGAGGAAGUUAAGGAGCUAAUACGACAACAGAACUGGGAUUCCCUUAUAGCAGGAGACCAACUUAUCAAUCAGAAAAAUUCUGGACAGAUUUUUAGGGGAUUUUUGGAAGGGAAAAUAAAUUUUGCUCCUACAUACAAAUAUGAUCUAUUUUCUGAUGACUAUGACACCAGUGAAAAAUGUCGCACACCAGCAUGGACAGAUCGUAUUCUUUGGAGAAGAAGAAAAUGGCCUUUUGACCGAUCAGCUGAAGACCUGGAUCUUCUGAAUGCUAGUUUUCACAGUGACAGUAACGUCCCUUAUACAUGGAAUCCUGGUACUUUGUUGCACUAUGGAAGAGCAGAGCUGAAAACAUCUGAUCACAGGCCUGUGGUGGCAUUGAUUGACAUUGACAUAUUUGAAAUAGAAGCAGAAGAGAGACAAAAGGUUUAUAAGGAGGUGAUUGCAAUGCAAGGACCACCUGAUGGUACUGUAAUGGUCUCCAUCAAAAGUUCUUCAGCAGAAGAAAACUAUUUUGAUGACAACUUGAUUGAUGAACUUCUUCAAAAAUUUGCAAGCUAUGGUGAAGUUAUACUUAUAAGGUUCGUGGAAGACAAGAUGUGGGUAACAUUUUUGGAAGGAAGCUCUGCUUUGAAUGUUAUGAAUUUGAAUGGUACUGAGCUACUUGGCAAGAUUAUAAACAUCAGUUUGAAAAAUCCAGAUUGGAUCAGAACUUUGGAAGAUGAAAUGAAUCUAGAGAAGAUUAAUAUUGGGCUACCUUCAUCAACAAGCUCUACUUUGCUUUGUGAAGAUGCUGAGGUUACUGCUGACUAUGACAUGGAAGGAGACGUUGAUGACUACAGUGCUGAAGUAGAAGAAAUCCUUCCUCAGCAUCUACAACCAACUUCAAGCUCUGGUCUUGGAACCUCCCCAAGCUCUUCACCACGUUCCAGUCCCUGUCAGUCCCCUACGCUGUCAGAUGGACCUGCGCUCCCAGUGAGACCAAGCCGAGCACCGGCAAAAACUCCUGGACCACCUGCUUCCACACACACUGAAUUUCAGGUUGGCACCCAGCAGAAGGAGUCUUCUCAGAGCCUGGAGCCUAAACGUCCUCCACCUCCUCGCCCUGUUGCUCCUCCUGCGCGCCCCGCUCCACCACAGAGGCCACCACCACCAUCAGGCGGUAGGAGUCCUGCACCUGCUAGAAAAGAAUUUGGAGGUCUUGGAGCUCCUCCCAGUCCUGGGGUAGCUAGGAGAGAAGUAGAAGCACAAAAAAGUCCCGGAACACAAAGAAAAGAUAACUUAGUUCGUAAUCAGCCUCCACCUUCACCUGGAAUUUCAAGCACAAGCACCGCUGGAUAUGGUACAACCAGACCGACUAUUCCACCUCGAGCUGGAGUUAUUAGUGCACCACAAAGCCACACCCGUCCCUCUGGGGGAAGACCAACACCCGAAACUCAGACCAAACCAGCUGAACCACCAAGGGGCUCACCGUUGCUUCCUGAACCACUAAAGCCUCAGACUGCUGGACCUGCUCAGCCCACCACCACUCAGACACCUCCUGUGCUAAGGAUGCAGGAGCCUCUGAUACCUGUGUCAUCACAUCCACCUCAGACAAGUGCACCACAAAGUCUGGAACCCCCACAACCACCUCCUCGUAGCCGAUCAUCUCAAAGUUUGCCUUCUGAAUCUGCUCCUUCACAGCAGCAAGAGCAACCAUCAGGGUAACAGGUAUCUGACUAUUUACCAAUCUUAUAUGUGGUCUCCAUCUAUUCAAGCAGAAAAGAUGUAUGAAUCUUGUUUUCAUACAUCUGUGGUCCCAUCCAUGUAAAAAAUCACCUGUCCACAUUAAUGAGUUGACUGUCAUACCAUAGUUUGCUUUUUCCUUUCAUAAUGCAAUUCAAAUUGAUACUGUUAACUGUAUUUAUUAGUGCCAUUGCAAGUAUUUUGCUUCAUUUUUUAUGAAACAACUGGAACCUCACGUAUGUUGCUUAGUCACUGCCAAAUCUCCUGGUCUCAGUCUAUUUGGAAAAAAAUGAAUAGGUGUUGGAGUUAACAUUUCUCUUUAAUACAAAUAAAUCCUGAUGCAAUUGCGCUGCCAUUGCAUAUUUCGCAUAUCUCAAAGAAUAGAGGACUUCCGAUUACCCAAAGUAAAAUAUACUGUCUGCUACAAUUUUAAAAGUAUUUGGUUCCAGAAUUAUUCAGAGCAGUUUUUUACUUACAGUAAAGAGCAAUUUGGAUUAAUAGUUUCUUUGGGAUCUUGUACUUUUUGAUCACAUGGUUAAUGAACACAGGACUUAACCAGCUGAUGCCAAGCUGCAUUUGAUUUUUAUUAUUUCUACAGUUCAAUUUUUCAGACUUCCCCCCUCAGUUACUUGAUGCCUUUGUUUUAACAUUACUUUCUGAAACACUUACUACAUACAUAUGAAAAUCCCAAUAUCGAACUACUGUAUUUAUGGUUGGGUAACAUUAAGCCUCAUCUAUUUUAGAGGCUCUCUGAUGUAGUAGUGCCAGGGAUACAUGUAACCAACAUUGUUGUUUCAAAAGAACCACCACCAGAGCAAAUGCAUUGUUGCCAGCAUUACUUCUUUUCUGCUGCCAACCAAUUCAAGCUGCAACUGCAAUUUUUUAAAAGAAAUAGCUAUGCUGGAUAUAUUGGGGGAAAUGUACAAUAUUUUAUUAUUCCCGAGAGUCUCUAAAGCUUGUAGGCUAAUUUUGCAUAGCUGACUAGGCAGAGGAUAGGUGGAGACGUGCUUCAAACUGUUCACAACAAAUGCAGUCAAAACAAGAUGUUUAAAGAUUGAGGUUAGGCUAUAAUAAUAUUGUAUUUUAGUUGAUAGUUUUAGCUAGCAUCCUAGUUCAACAAAACAUUAGUUUACAGAAUUUUCAUGCUAAAUAUCCAAACUAUUUGGCUAUAUUAAGGUGAUGUGUUAAAAUGACAAGUUUGUGAAAUUUGACUUCUCAGAAGCUGUGUUAACUUAAUCCUAAUUCUUUGCAUUCAUUAAAUAAGGGGGACCUCCAAACUCUGUUCUGUCAGUGUAAUGACUUGAACAAAGGUAGAUAUUGUACCAUUUUGGACAGUUGUUACAAGGUAUUGAAGUUGCAUUGUUGUUUGAAUAAAUUUAUAAAAACAGGAAUAUUUUGUUUUAAAAGAUGAGAAGUUUUGUGGAGAAAACUCUCUUCUCCAUUUGGUAUUAUUCUAAACAAUGAUAACUUGCCAUUUUAAAAUACUACAAACUGAUGAUCGUACCGUCGCAUGUCAAGAAGCACUGGAGAUGCCUACAGAGGCAUAUGUCUACGUAGAAAUGUUUGAAGUGCAUAUACUAAUAACACUAAUUUUUCCUUUCAUUGUGAUGCUUAAAUAUUGCCUGUAACAUCAGUGUUAUAAACUCUCAAACAAUGAAACCUAGAGCUUUUUAUUUCAUAUUUGUGCUGGGUUAUCACUUGUUUAGAAUAUAAUAUAAUUUCGUAAGUUUCUUAAACUUUUUGUUAUACAACGUCCACUGGUGCUUUUGGCUAGGAUUCUGGCUUGCAUGAAGUAGAUUCAAGCUGCAUCAACCAACAAAGGGGAAAAUUGUGUUUAACAACUAGUAGGCUUUUCUUCAGAGGAGGGGUUAAGGGUUAUUGUUUUCCAGAAAAGAAGCAAUCAUUAUACUACAAGUGCAUUGUGCACGUUACAACCAAAAUAUAUUGUAGUUUCAGUUAAAGCCCAAGAGCUUCUUUUCUUCUCAUAGAAGAGUGAGAAAUGGGGAGUUAAUAAUAAGCUCAAGACAGACAGACACAUGAUUACUAAGCACCUUGUUUUCUUUCCAGAUUAAAACAAAUGGAGCGUACGGCACUAAACUUGAAACGCAGUUAAACAGUGACCCUUUUGAAGAUUUGUCAUUUAAGCUGCUUGUGUCGAAGAUGCAGACAUCUGUUCGAACAUCACCUGUUCCAGCUUUGAACCAAAAGGAGUUGAUACAGUUGCCUUCAGCAACACAAAGAAAUGCUGAUAUUUUGAAUACUUUAAAUUGCAUGCCAGCAAUGCCUCCUAUUCCAACCUUUAACACGUCACAGGAACAUAAGCGCAGCUCUCCAAAUCCAUUUAUUACUGGACUGAACUGCACAAAUCCAUUCACUGAAAGAACUCCUAAUGCUGGAAAUCCAUUUAGAACAGAAACACAAGAGUCUGAAAUAACUUCACCUUUACUAGAAGGACGUGCCACUUGCAAUCCUUUCCCUUCUCUAAAUCCCCUCAGUUGUAAUACAAGCAAGCCUGUAUUUUCUGUGAAUGCAUCUGAAAACACUUUUUGCUUGCCAGGUAAAUCUGUCAUGGUAAAAAAUGUACAGCCAAAAGGAUGGGUAACGUUUGAUGAUGAUGAUGAUAAUUUCAACGUAAAGCUAAAGCCAUCUAAAAGUGUUCCAGAUAUUAAGCAAAUCAGUUCCAGGAAGUCAGCUGGAUCUCCAGAUUUGCUGGGCACUGAACAAAAUACUUUUCUUGGUUCAGACUUUAACUUUGAUAAUGACUGGAAUAAAAGUUCGACUGAUUGUUUCUAUACAAUGCCAGCAAGAAGACCACCUGCACCUCCCAUACCAUCAAGAGUAACCAGCAACAGAUCCCCUGCAGAUGCUUUCACUUCCUUGGCACCUAAGGUGUCACCAACACAAGAUUUUACAGAAAGAUAGAUGUUCAAAUAUAUAAGAGGUUAUAUUUGUUGCUACGUUUAUCCAGUAGAAUAAUUGGGCAUUUGAGAUUAUUCUGUGUGCAAUAAUUAUGUCAAAUGCACUGAAACGUAACUCUGCUCGUAAACAGCCACUAUUGUUUGUGUAUAAAUUUGAAUAUGUAUAUAUGGUAGAGCACAGAAAAUUGUCUGAAAUGUAUUAAAAUCCCAAUGUAAUAGUAUUUGAAUAGACAGAGAAAAGAGGGAUGAGCUACUAAUCUCAUUAAAAUAUAGCAAUCUUGAAAAUGGUUUUUGCUUAGGGAGCCCUCCCAUUUCUGUUCCUCUUUGUGGAAUUUCUAAGAAAGAGGCUCCUUGCUGGUAGCCUCCCCGUUCCCUUUUUACUGUUUUGUUAAUUGAUAUUUAUAAGUAUUUACCAAAGAGCUGCCAAAGUUUAUUGAGAUUUGAAUGUUGACAAGUAUUGUUUAGAAGUUGUUUAAUUUAUAACAGAGGCUAUGGAUAUUUGUAAGGCAUAUAUUUGAAUGUGAGGCACAACAAAAAUAGUUUAAUUUCAAACAAAACUUUGCGUAUUAAUAUAUUCAAUAUUUGACUUUAAUUUUCUGUGUCAGUAUAUUUCAGCUAUUAAAUCUUACUGUGACAUAUACUCACUAGCAUUACUUAAGAAUAAUUGUUCCAUAUCAUCCAUUUAUUCAUUACUAUUUUAAAGAUGCUCCCCCCCGCCCAAAAUUGGAAACAACAGAUAUAAGAAGUUUUCCCUCAACCUCUGGGAAAAAAAUUCCCUUUGGGUUUUGAGAAACAAAGCAGUCUUUAUCAGUUGCAGACAACAUAUUGGAGUUGGCUUGUCCCACUUUCCUCUUCUGCGCAUUAGAAGGGUCCUAUAGAAAGCCCUGAGUGAAGGAAUUGGCAGCCAUGUUGUAACAGCAGAGGAGGAGAUGGUCACCUUGUGUGAUGGGGCUCUCCGCGCAGCAUCCUCCCCAUCUGUGAGACUGUCUGCUGUAUUUGUAAAAUCCUAAGUUCAAAGAAAACAAGGAGAACAGUGGUUCUCUGAACAUCGUUCCAUCACUUCUGCAGUUAAAACUGAAUGAGUGACUCUUCCUCACGCAGAGACAGGGACCAUUGUCAGUGUGGUGCUGCUUUGAGGCUAGUGAAGGCUUAGUCACCAUUCUACAUGCUGUGCUAUAAAAACACAACUCUUUGUGCUUUUAUGAUUUUCUAAAGCUCAGAUGAGAUUACAUAAAAUAUGGCAUGUUGUUGUCCUGAGGCAAUUUAAAAUAACCGAUUUCCUUAGCUCCAUUUAUGUAUGCUAUAAAAACCCUGCAGUUCUCCUUGCAGUUCGUAGUGUCUUAGGACAGAACUCGUAUACACAGCUGCCUGCUUUCAUCCAAAGCUGAAUGCGUCACGCUGUUGUCAUCUCUUGGGGGACUGCAAAUAUAUCCCUACAUGCCUUGGCUUAAUUGCGAACAAACUGUACUGGUUCUGCAAAACCAGGGACUGAAACACAACACACUAGUGUUAUAUUUAUAGCAGCAAAACACAGUGUGUCAGUACUUUUUAAAAAAUUCUCAAAUGCUAUCAAAAGGUUAUUUAUAAAAUAAUCUACUCUUCCUUUAAACAGCGUACGGCUGGUCAUGAGCUGCAGUUGGGUAAAGGAUAGUGAGUUUUAUAUUGCGCUUUGUAUCUGUUCAGGCCAUUAAACAGCACUUGUACAUUUUACACAGCAGUGGUAUUAUACUCUUUGUGUGCUUCAGUACGUGAAUUCCCUUGUUUUAAACUGUUGCUAUAAACAUCUGUGUGAUUGGUGUUUUGGUAUAUUCUUACGUUAUUAGCAAAACAAUUUUUUGGGGAAACUUUUUCCUAGUGGGAGUUAAUGUGAUAAAUAUGUUCUUUGUUGAGUAUUUAAUUACAGUGAUUACAAACUACUGGCUGAACUGUACCUGGUAUACAGCACCUCUACAGGAUUACGGGGACUGACAGCGAUGUACUGCAAACAUCACCAGAAAUCUCCAGAAAUAUAGUGUGUGUAUAUAUAUAUAGCUAACCACUGUAACGUGUAUUAACGACAAUAAUUACUAGCAGGAGUUCUGAAGAUAAUAAGAAUUAAACUUAGAGACGCUCCACA